CUGUCAGAUUCAACGAGGAAAUGAAAUAGGAUUCAACGGAGCAGAGCCGCCACCCACAAAUAAUUAAAUCCAGCCAUCGGUCAGAACUUCGCUCCAUUUCUGCUCUCUGUCGGGUGGGGUUGCCUGAACAUACAAACUUUCCUAAGAUCUUCUCUGUGUUUCCAGUUCAGUCCUGUAGCACCAUGGCAGCAUUGGGCACUCGUGGUACAGUGAAGGAGGCCCCAGGAUUUAAUCCUGAACAGGACAUAGAAAACCUAAGAAAAGCCAUGAAAGGAGCAGGCACUGAUGAAGCAACGAUCAUCACCAUCCUUCCUCACCGCACUAUUGCACAGAGACAGCAGAUAAAGGAGGCUUACAAACGGGCCGUAGGGAAGGAACUGGCUGAUGAUCUGAUGUCAGAGCUGUCCGGUAAUUUUGAGAAAGUGGUGAUCGGGCUGCUGAUGCAGGCACCAAUUUAUGAUGCAUACGAGCUGAGAAACGCCAUUAAGGGUGCUGGAACAGAUGAAGCGUGUCUCAUUGAUAUUCUGGCCUCCAGGAGCAACUCGGAAAUUAAAGCUCUCACUGCAGCCUACAGUAAAGAGUAUGGGAAGAACCUGGAGGACGAUAUAUGUGGAGACACGUCUGGGAUGUUUAAGAGGGUUCUGGUGUCUCUGCUUACGGCAGGUAGAGAUGAGAGCACUACUGUAGACGAGGCUUUAGCCAAACAGGAUGCCAAGGAGAUUUACGAGGCGGGUGAAGCUCGCUGGGGAACAGAUGAGGUCAAAUUCCUCACCGUCCUCUGUGUGAGGAACAGAAACCAUUUACUGAAAGUGUUUGAGGAGUAUCAGCGGAUCUCCGGCCGUGACAUUGAGGACAGCAUUAAGAGGGAGAUGUCCGGCUGUGUGGAGGACGUGUUCCUGGCUAUAGUGAGAUGCAUCAAAAGCAAGCCGGGCUUCUUUGCGGAGAGACUUUACAAAUCUAUGAAGGGUUUGGGGACUACAGACAGCAUCCUGAUCAGAGUGAUGGUCUCUCGCUCUGAGAUCGACAUGGAGGACAUCAAAAAUGAGUUCCUGAAGAUGUAUGGGAAAACUCUGUACUCCUUUAUAAAGGGCGACACGUCGGGUGAUUACCGUAAGAUCCUGCUGGAGUUGUGUGGACCAGAGAAGUAACCGCUGUGUGGAGGAGACACCUUUUAUUAUCAUGUAGCUAACACUCUACCCUGUUUAUUAGUGUGUAGCUAACGUCUUCUCUCGCUGGCCUUUUGUCCGUUUGGACACAUUUCAAUACGCGUCUCUAUUUUUCACAGUUUGUAAUGCCAAUUAAAGAAAACUGGAGCUUUAAACUUGAA